CCAAUUUCACUCUCAUUCCCUGCUCAUCUACUCUCUCUCUAGAAAGCUUUAGUGUAUAUUUUCUUCUUCUUCAAGAGCUCAAAUGCUCCAUUAAUGGCUUCUACGCCUAAAUCAUGUACCGUGUACACACCCCCGAUAUUAAUAAAAAUCCCCCGUUGGCAAGGUACCGCCAAAAAAGGCCCGUGGUUUUCUCCCGAUUUGGGUUUCCACGUAAAAAUUCCCGUGUUUAUAUUUUGGUGUAUUUUUUAGACUAGUUUAUCGUUUUAGCCGGGCUAAAACGAUAUACCGGUCGAUAAUUUACACCAUCANCUCUAGAAAGCUUUAGUGUAUAUUUUCUUCUUCUUCAAGAGCUCAAAUGCUCCAUUAAUGGCUUCUACGCCUAAAUCAUGUACCGUGUACACACCCCCGAUAUUAAUAAAAAUCCCCCGUUGGCAAGGUACCGCCAAAAAAGGCCCGUGGUUUUCUCCCGAUUUGGGUUUCCACGUAAAAAUUCCCGUGUUUAUAUUUUGGUGUAUUUUUUAGACUAGUUUAUCGUUUUAGCCGGGCUAAAACGAUAUACCGGUCGAUAAUUUACACCAUCAUUUUGGCGCCGACCGUGGGACUAGAACAAGAAGCUCUGUUUUUGUUCGGCCAUCCUACACAACCUAUACUUCCUACCAACAAAAGCAAAAAAAAAGAGAUGAGAGUUUUUGAGUGUCAAAGAGAGAAACUCCAAGAAAAAUUGCCAAUUAAAGUUUAGCUUAUAUGAACACAUAGCAGGUGCUCUAUUCUUAUGUUUUACAAAAACUAAUGGGAAAAAAGAGGAAGAUCACGGACAGAGAAGACAUAGCAUGGCCACUAAGGCCUGCCAUUGUUGUUGCCCCUUGGAGCUUUUUUAGCCGCCCCUUGCCGCAGCUACUAAAUCUACUUUCGAUGUGGCUGCCGGAAUCUACCGACAGCGUUGCUCAAAUCCGCCGUCUCCGCCGCUGUUCAAAUCCGGGUCGCCGCCGCUGCUCAAAUCUGCCGCCGCCGCUACUCAGACUUGCCGCCACCGCUGCUCAAACCCGCCCCAAUCACCACCACAACCAACACUAAACACUGAUGAGGUGGUGCCGGAGCAGAAAAAGAGUUGUACCGCCCUCGUACCCCGCCCAGUAGAUGGAAUUCCGGCAAGGGGUAACAGGGGUACAAAAAAACCAGAGAGGUCACUCUCUGUUCGCCGCUGCCGUCGUGGGUUGGCCAUGGCCGCCGCCCGGAGAUGGAGCUACCGUCAAAGUUUCUGCCAGAGUAAAUUAUCACCGCCACCACCAACAAAACCCGUCGCUGUUAUUACUACUCAAUUUUUUUUGUCAUCUAUAUUGAGGUCUACAAGGCAGAUGCUGCUGCCUUUGGAAUAUAUUACCAUCAUCGCAGCUUGAACUAGUACCCGUCGCCGCUCAAGAUACCGUUGUUGAAGUCCGCCAUGUGCGCUACUAUCUUUGAAGAUCGGCCAACUCCGCCGCUGCCGAAGCCUCUAACGCUUCUCCUACUAGUCCACCAACGUCCCUGGAUCCUAGAUCUGGGAAGUAUUGGUGUUGAGAUCCGCCAUCACCGUUGAGACAUGGAUCUGUUAUUGCCGCCGGUUGUCUUAAGGAUAGAGGGAGGGAGACGGUGCAAAAGGACGGCUAGCUAAACAAAAAAUUGCCCAAUCUAAUGUCGGGGUAGCAACGCCAAGGCAUGUUCUCGGUGUUCUCGGCGCUGGAGCACUGCCGCGCGUGAAGGAGUCAAUUUCAGGGGUAGUUUCCUUGAGAGUAAAAGGGGAGAAAUUGAACAAAGAGAUCUCAUCAAAAAUUUGGCACAUGGGUAUGGUGGACAGAUGCAGAUUCAGAAUGGAGAAAUAUGAAGGCUUUUCAUUUGGCCUUAUCACUGUGGCUAAAAAUUGAAUAGCCAAGUAAUAUGAGGUCCACCAACCAUCAUAAAUUAAGGCAUCAAUAUAUAAUGAUGCGGAGUAUCAAACAAGGGAGUACAAAGUGGUGAGGUCCUACACCCUCAUAUAUCACUUUAUCCUUUCAAUUAUGGUGAAAGACACAUGCAAGUGGACAAGGAGUGAUCCCUCACUUAUUUCUCCAUGGGGGCUAGCAAUUUCAAUUGAGUUUGGAAUGGACCCAUUUUUAUUUCUUCUGUGCGGAAUUAUACAAAUGGGAAGGAUGAGGAAGAUAAGAUGCUCCACCACAUUCAUCAUGGAAAAGAGAGGGCCCACCUCUUUGAUUUAAUAAUAUACUCCGUACAAAAGAGUGAUGGGAGUAUAUGGUGGUGAGCUCACAAGGAGAUGGCCACACACAAAAAUCCAAAUUAGAGCAUGGUGAGCCCAUUGCAAGGUGUACAUUGAAGGAGGACAUUAUUAUUCACGAGUGCCUGAUGCAAUUCAUCAAGUACAUCAAAGUCACAUGCAUUUAUGCAAAUUUUGGAAAGGAAGACUGAGACACAUGCCCGGACCUGGCACGCUGGUUACUACACCGGUCUUGCUCAGUAUAAAAUAAAAAAAAUAAUAAACCCGGAAGAGGAGCCCGGAAGAGGGUAUGCCUGCAAGAGGGCUGGACCUGGAACAAGGUUCGAACCGUACUUACACGGGCCCAUGAGAUUUGACUGGUGUCGGGGAACCAGCCGGCGCCGCCAAAUUGAUUGGGGACUAAAAGAUGCCCAUUAAAAGAAAUAGAUGGGGAUCGU